AUGGGUACCAAGUCAAACAGUAACAAUAAUGACAGCGGCUCCAUCGAGCAGCAAAGCCGACGACCACAAAUCGACUCAUUGAAAUCGGACGACGACAUCCCCGCCUGCCAAGCAUGUCGUCGCAAAAAGGCACGUUGCAGCCGAGAACAGCCCUGUUCGCAGUGCUUGAAACUCGAUACGCCUUGCAUUUACGAUGGCAGACGACUCAAGCCGGGACUUCGUGCAGGUGUGAUUGACAAUCUGUCCCGCAGAAUUGAGACGCUGGAAGAUAUGUUUCUUGGUCAGGAGAUGUUGUGGAAACAGAUGUGGCAGACGCUACAUCCCAAUUUGGAAUUUCCUGGUGUUCCGUCUGCGGCGGGGAAUGAUCUUAAUGGCAAUGGGACGGAUCUUCGCGGUCGUCGCGAUCAGCUAAAGAACUCUCUGCUUGAUUUAGCAAGUACCCAUCGUCGUAACGAUAAUAGCUUCGCCAUUGGAAAGCUUUCCGCAUCUGUCGAUAUGUUACAGCCACCACCUGCAAAGAGACUGCGCAGAGAUUUAUCGUCGUCUUUUCAGGAAGUCGAACACGAUAUUCCACAAUACAUGACUGCUGGCGACAUCAUCGACUCCGACCUUAUGAUCAGUUUUGUCGAGUUCUAUUUCCAGAAUAUCCAUCAUUGGAUUCCUAUUCUUCACGUUCGCAGAUUCCGUGAUCAAAUUCAGCACCCAGAAGGUAGACAAAAAGCCGUUCACAUACUGCACGCAAUCAUUGCGGUUGGGAUCCGAUUUCUACAGGAUCCGCGACUAGGUGAUGACGAGACAAAAGCAAAAACAGCCGAGGCUAGUCGACAAAAUGUUGUUUUGUGCAGCAUGGAAUCGUUCUCCGUCCAGAGCUUGCAGGCACUGGUUAUAAUUGCAUUUGACACGAUAGCUCGCGGACGUGGCCCAUCCUCAUGGUCUAUUGUCGGCAGCAUGGCACGAACAGUGGAACAAUUACAACUUAGCGUCGAAGAAGAUGACCUCCGAGAACGAAACCAAACCGGCGAGGCACUUAUUCGGCGAAUGGCUUUUUUGCGACCCUCGACAUGCUGGGUCGAGAUUGAGGAGCGACGACGCGUCUUCUGGACUGUGUUCUUAAUGGAUCGAUUUUGUAGUCUGUCUACCGGGUGGAAUGUCAGCCUUACCAGCGCGGAUGUCAAGCGGCGAUUACCUUGCGAAGGGGCAUUAUGGGAACGUGAGGAUGAGGCUAGACCGUCGUAUUUUGGAAUUUCUGAUACAAAAGAAGCGACAACUCCUCAUCGGUCAUUGUUAGUGGAAAGUCCGACUAUGGCACACCCUGCAGAGCAAGAGUCAAUUGGAGGAUUUGCAUACUGUAUAGAAGCAACCGAGUCGCUCUCUUUGGUAUCAAAUUUCUUUGUCCGUCAGCCUUUGGAUGUGCGUGACAACGAGAAAGCUCAGCUAUGGCUGAUGCGAUUCAAGGAGCUAGAUCUUCGGCUGGUCCAGUGGAAAUUAUUUCUCCCCUCCAAAUGGCGUGAAGCAUCUACUCUGAAUGCAGAUGGAAUCAUGGACCCAAACCUGACGCUUGCUCAUAUCACUCAUAAUGCAGCAGUGAUCCUUCUCCAUCAAGCGAUUGCAUACCCACCAUUACACUGGAAAUCAUCGCCAGUCAAGCUCCCCUCUUCAUCUUCAGCAGAGACAUGUAUUGAGGCUGCGUCUGAUAUUUCUACUAUCGGACAGCAGUUCCUUCUUCAUUCGCCGAUUUUCGUCAGUCCCCAGUUCUCAUUUUGUCUUUUCAUUGCUGGUCGAAUGCUCUUGACGCAUUCCUCGAGAUACAGUAAUGCAAACCCCGUAAUCGCACCGGCUCUGGAUACGCUCAUUGCCAAUUUGUUUGAAAUAUCUGCACGAUGGAAAGGCCCACGAGAUUUCGAUGACGCAGGGACAGAGAAUCUAGCCUCGGCAUUUGCCAAACGGCUCGUUCAAGCCAAAGAUAACAAUAUUUCUCCAAUGGCAAAAUCUAGUCUGGAUAUCCGUCAAACAGUGUACUCAGAGACCUCGCAGCAUGAAGAUGAAGAGCCAGUCAUGCAUACAACAGGACCAACAACAACAACAUCAACAAUAGCCAUGAAUCAACCCCAUCACCAUCAUCAAAUAUAUCAGCAGUAUGGAGAAUAUCAAAGCCCUGAUGGAGCAAAUACUUUUGACCCCUCGCUCACCCUGGCUUUCCCUCCAUUGCCACUAUCAUUUCAGCAGAACUUUGCGCCCUUUAUGGAUUCAGAGGCAGAUGUUUUUGGUCUUCAGCUUGGAGGUAGUGGUGAAUACCAGCUUCCAUCUCAUGGGACAGCGAAUUUUUCGGCGAGACAGCAACAGAACCAAAUGCCAGAACAAAGCGGCUGGACUAACAGGAAUAGCACUGAGCAGAGUAGCAUUUCAAGUCCAUAUUAUACGCGUUUGUCGAAUCAUCGGGAUCGGAUGAGUAAUUCUCCUCGAUCCGCGGAGACGAUGCAGAGAUAA